CUCCUUCAUAUCACAUUAAUCAGGGCGAGGCACGUGAGUAUCACAGAAUAUUAAUGACACACACAGACAGAAAGUGGUCCGCGGCAUACUCUGGGGGGCCACAAGUUCACAGGACUGCGCUGAUGAAUAUGUAAACAAAGUUAUUAGUCCACGCAUGUGCUUUUAAUUGCAGGACACUUCUCGCCAAUCUAGUUGCAUUGGUUACACAGAAUGGGCGUGAGCUGCCCUUGGAAAGGGAGCCCAGAGAUUCGUGCGUUUCCUGUACGCACGAUCUGAGCGCUCAGUUGAGUCUGGGAGAGAAACACAACGCACAGGCGGGAUGGAUAGCACAGGAUUUACAACUGUAGCUGUUUGAAUACUUUCCCAAAAUCAGGUAAGAAGACGCACAGGAGGGAGGGGAGUUGAAGCCGGAGAGUCGAGGCGCGUCUGUGUCUGUGUUUGGGAGAGAGUGAGGGAGCAUCGCAGUCACAGAAAAGAGAGAAGGGAAGAGAGAAGGGGGACCAAGUCUGGACCAAGUGAUCGACAAACCUCCAAGGAGCAGCCGGGUUGUUUCAUUGCACACCGGACCAGUGAUCCAGCCAUGGUGCCGGCGCGCUGCCUGGGAUCCUGUGCCCUCCUGGCACUGGCUCUCCUCGCGGGAUGCGGCGUGGUUCUCUGCCUGGGCCAGAACGACACGGAGCCCAUUGUCCUGGAGGGGAAGUGUCUCGUAGUUUGCGACUCGAACCCCUCUUCUGACGGAGCAGUGACCUCCUCACUUGGCAUAUCAGUCCGCUCUGCCGGGGCAAAGGUGGCUUUUUCUGCCGUGCGUGGAACCAAUCAUGAACCGUCAGAAAUGAGUAACACCUCCAUGACCAUCUAUUUUGAUCAGGUUCUAGUGAACAUCGGCAACCAUUUCGAUCUCAAAGCAAGUGUUUUCCAAGCUCCAAGAAGGGGGAUAUAUAGCUUCAGCUUUCACGUGGUGAAGGUCUACAAUAGGCAAACCAUACAGGUGAACCUGAUGCAGAAUGAUUAUCCGGUUAUAUCAGCAUUCGCCGGAGAUCAGGACGUUACAAGAGAGGCGGCCAGCAACGGAGUACUGCUGAUGGUGGAACGGGAGGACCGGGUCUAUUUGAAGCUGGAACGGGGUACCCUCAUGGGCGGAUGGAAAUACUCCACCUUCUCAGGCUUUUUAGUCUUUCCUCUAUAAUCUAAUUUGCGAUCAUUCGCAUCGCAAGGGACCCCGAUUAGACUGAGGAAGAAAAAAAGAGAAAAACAACACAAAAAGAAAAAAAAAAACGAAAAAAAAACGCCAUUUAUUUUUGACUUAAGAACUGUCAGCCAAGGAAGCCGACGAAUUUCUGUACACUUGUCCUCUAUUUAGUCAAACAUGAACGUUUCCUUGGAGUUCCACAUAUUCAAAUCCAUCAGUCAACUUUAACGCAAUCUGGAUGACCAAACAGUGACUGGCCAGUGACUGGCAUGUGCUUGUCGGGUAUGUGGAUUUUUUUUUUUUUUUUUUUAAUUCUCGCUUGGAAAACAAACUUCAGUGACAGAGAAAUGGGUGUCACGCGGAAAAGGGAGAAAAUGAGGAGUGGAAAAACUAAUACCCCGGACAGGCUGACUGUUUUAUGCUCUAUUUCAUGUUUGUAUAGCCUUAAAGAAUAUAUGGUUUUCCGUCCAAGUGAAAUAUAUGGAAUAAUGAACAACCAGAGAAGAAGUGCUUUCACGCCCAAGGCGAUAUUUUGCACGAAUGGAAGAUUCCUCUUUAUGUUUUGUUGUGAUGUCAAUGGUGUUGCGUUUGGAUGCUGAAUAUGUUGAAAAUACGCCAAAUGUAGGCCGCCUACGAGUUUAUUAAAAGAGAAAAAAGGCGAUAUAUUUCAGCCACCAGAGAUGACAUUGAGCCCUUUCAUUUGAAAAAAAAAAUUAUAUAUAUAUUUAAUUUACAAAGUACAUAUUCACAUUACUGUGUGUUUUACAUUUCGGAAUCUGCGUAGCUUUGAUUGAUUUAAUGUUCAGUGACGUUGCUCACUAAAUGUACAUUGUGAAAACAAUAGAAGAAUCCCUAUAUGUCCCGCUUAAUAAAAGAUAUUGUAUUGUAUAGGCUAAGCGAAUUCAUCAAUUAUUCAUGUUACAGUACAAGAAAGGAGACUUUCUGAAACAAAUAUUUGUACAGGAGGUGUGAGACCUCAAGAAGUAACUCAAAGAGUUGGUCACUAUGCGCUGUCCAGGGUGCUGAAACAGACUAAUGAGCUAUUAGAAAAAAGUAACGCAGCACUUUUUCUUCCAAGUCUAAACUGAAUGGUCACAAUCUGGCGGACAAAAAGUAACUUCAGUGGAAUAACAUUCAAAGCUUGAUGCUUUUUGUGUAGCUGGCUGGGGACUGGAAUUUGACUGCUUUAUUAGUUUAUACACCAGUGACUGAAAAGCGAUCCGAGCAGCAAACCUGCAGCUCUGCCAGGCCGCUGCAAAAUAUCCUCUCACAAGACAACGGGAAGCGUUAUGGUUUAGGCACAGAGCCAAAUACCACGUAAAAUAGUCAUAGGAUUGAUGUGAGUGGUCCAUUAAACUUCACAGGAGAGCUAAAAUCCCGUCUAAAAUGUUACAGGGUGACUAUUGCAAAGUUCACAUCUUUUGAUUCAAGUGAUUUUUUUCUUUUUGAAAUAAUGACAUAAUCAGAUUCCAUCUUGUAUGAAAACCCUUUGUUUUUGUAUAUUUACACCCACCCACCCAUGCUGCGAAAAUCAGGCACACACACACACGCACACACACACACACACACACACACACACACACACAAACACAUAUGUAUAUAUAUAUAUAUAUAUAUAUACAUAUACAAAUACAAAUAUGUAUAUA